AAAAGACAGUACUACUCUGUUAGUGACAGUGACAGUGUAACUCAUUUGUCAGAUUGAAAACCGGUUCGGUCCAUUGAAAUAUUUGCUUUUGUGACAUCUUGCUUGUUCCAUACUACUGUUUAUUCGAUUUUGAGUGACGAACGUCAAACAAAAAUCUACUGCAAGUUGAAAGAAUGUCGACCGAGCCAUUAGUCGUCGAAGAAGUCUACUUCUACCCAAAAGAGAAUGCAAAAUCUCAUCACACCUUCAAUUACGAAUUGGUCCAUUUGGACCCACCGACGGCAGUACUCAGAAGGGGCGAAUCCUUCACCGUCGCGUUGAGAUUCAAUCGGCAAUACGUAGACGAAACAGAUAUCGUCAGAUUAUUGUUCAAUUUUGGACCGAAUCCGAACAUAAUCAGAGGAACUCGAGGAGUGAACACUAUCACCAGUAGAGAUAGUUAUUUGACCGAUCUCGAAGCAUGGGGGGUCCGCAUGAUGAGCGUCAACGAAGAAUUCUUAACUGUAGAAGUCAGAAGCCCAAUAGACAGUCCCGUUGGAAUAUGGCAGUUGAACAUAGAGACGACAAUCCUCCAUAGCAAAGAACCCCCGAAUACUUAUAAUUACGAUAGAGACAUUUAUCUGCUGUUCAAUCCUUGGAUGAAAGAGGACUUGGUGUAUCUGGAGGACGAGCAGCUGUUAGAUGAGUACGUUUUGAACGACGUUGGAAAGAUUUGGGUUGGCCCUUGGGGAAGCUCGCGUGGGAGGGAAUGGGUUUUUGGCCAAUUCGAUGCCUGCGUGCUUCCAGCUUGCGAAUCGUUGAUACAGAGAUCAGGGAUCAGCGCUAAUUCCAGAGGAGAUCCGGUUCAACUGUGUCGGGCCCUUUCGAGAAUCGUAAAUUCGAACGAUGAUAGGGGAGUAGUAACCGGUCGAUGGGACGGUGAUUACGCAGAUGGUACCGCGCCAGCCGCUUGGACCGGAAGCGUAGCGAUUCUUGAGGAAUUCUUAGAAACCGGCGAGUCUGUAAAAUACGGGCAAUGCUGGGUAUUUGCCGGGGUGGUGACCAGCGUCUGUCGCGCCCUAGGAAUACCAUCCAGAGUCGUUUCAAACCUAGUAUCAGCCCACGACGCGAAUGCAUCGCUUUCCGUCGAUCGUUACUACAGCAAAGACAAUGAGGAGCUCGAUUUCGACCCGAACAAUCCAUAUGGCGAGGACUCGAUCUGGAAUUAUCACGUUUGGAACGACGUCUGGAUGGCCAGGCCUGAUUUGCCUAAAGGCUACGGUGGCUGGCAGGCGAUCGACGCUACGCCGCAGGAAACUUCUGACGGGGUUUAUCAGUGCGGGCCAGCUUCUGUCGAGGCGAUCAAACAAGGAAACGUCGGAUUCAAUUAUGAUGUUACUUUCAUGCUGGCUUCGGUGAACGCUGACCUGAUGAGGUGGAUAGAGGACCCCGAAAGCGAGAUUCAGUAUAGGAAGAUCGAUUGCAAUAAGUAUCACAUCGGUCGAAUGAUCUUGACGAAAGCCCCUUGGAUCUUCGAUCCUAAUGGCGACAGGGACAGGGAGGACAUAACUUCGAUUUACAAAGCGCAAGAGGGAUCGGAAGCAGAACGGCUGACGCUGUACAGGGCUGUGCGUAGCACGUCGCUCGCGAAGAAAUUCUACUCUUUACCCUCGCCAGCUAAGGAGGACGUCGAAUUCGACCUCGUCGAUCUCGAUCGAGUGAAUAUCGGCGAACCGUUUUCAGUAAUAGUGAACAUGAAGAACAAAUCGAACCAGCCUCGGACUAUUCAAGCCAUCCUCUCCGCUGGUAGCGUAUAUUACACUGGUGUCAAGGCCCAUCUGGUGAAGAGAGCUGCGGGGGAUUUCGUGCUUCAGCCACAAGCCAGCGAACAAUUGAGGCUUAGAGUCACCGUAGAAGAUUAUUUGGACAAGCUUGUCGAGUAUUGCAAUAUGAAAUUACGUUGUAUCGCCACGGUCGCAGAGACGAAGCAGACAUGGGCCGAGGAGGAUGACUUCCAAGUAUUAAAACCAAGUAUCGUAGUCAAGAUCGAGGGAGACCCCCAAGUUGGCGUGCCAGCGACGAUCACUCUCAGCUUCAAGAACCCAUUGAAAAUUCCUCUGACGGAAUGCAAGUUCAAUUACGCUGGUCCAGGACUGUCAAAGAACAAGACUAUCGGAUUUAGGGACGUCGAACCGGAAGAAGAAGUCUACGUUGAACAUCAACUUGUCCCUCAAAAGCCUGGAUCUCAAAAGGUCAUCGCUACUUUCACGUCUAAGGAACUAGUAGACGUCACCGGAAGCGCUGCCAUCGACGUUCUUGACGUAGACGAAUGAACAUUUCCGUUUCUUCCAUUUUCAUUAUUAAUAGAACCGCAAAGCUGGAUAAACUGGAUAUCUUGCUAUCGAUACUGUAAUAGUUAUAUACUUUUCUUUUGUCAAUUUCGAGGAUCUGCCUAAGUGGCGUUGCUGUAUUUUAAUUAUUAAAACAAUUUUCGUUGUA